CGCGGCGUCGCUGGCGUUCAGUCAAGUCGGGGCCGUCGCGGAGUGGAGUGGGUUUGGAUAGCAGCUGGCGGAAGGCACAGUCAUGCCCCGCUAUUACGAGGACAAGCCGGAGGGCGGCGCGUGCGCGGGCUUGAAGGAGGACCUCGGCGCGUGCCUGCUGCAGUCGGACUGCGUGCUCCAGGAAGGAAAAUCCCCUCGGCAGUGUCUGAAGGAAGGAAACUGCAAAGCUUUGAAAUACUCAUUUUUUGAGUGUAAAAGAUCAGUGUUGGAUGCCAGAUCAAGAUUCAGGGGAAGAAAAGGAUAUUGAUACUACUAUGUUGAAACCAAGAUGAAAACAACAAAGGAUUUUCUCUGUCAUUAAAACAGAGAAGCCAAAAUAAGAAACAUACUUUUUGUUACAUCUGUUUGGUUGGAGCAGUUUCUUCCUCCAUGGAACACUGAAGAAAAUGGAUGAGUAUGUAUGAAGUAAAUGCUUCUCUUGCUCUAAGUUAUUUUUAGAAGAAAAAUUUAAUUGAAUAGUUAUGAGCUAAGAACAUACUAGAUGUGUUUUAAGAAUUGUUCUGAAGCACAGAGAAUGGAAAGAUUGUUAUUUUCAAACUUGACUUCUCAACCAAAUGACACAGUUUGUACAUCCUUCGUGAAUAUUGUGAAGGCCACUAACAGGACUGUUAAAAUCAACAUGGUGCCUGGUGAGAAAAUGUCUAUCUUGAAAGUUUAGGAUAAAACUUUCUUUUAUUCAGUCUGUACUAUUUAGUUCUAAAAUAAAUUGUGUUUGAUUCCUUGGAGAAGAAAUGCU